AUGUCCCAUCACAUUCUUCUCCGUGCCGCUGCGGCUCACGUCCGGGUCUUCCUGCGUAUUUAUUUCACACUCGUGCUCAUGCUCAUCUCUUUCGUGGGAGAUAAAUGCUGCUCGAUAUGGGUGAAGAUGAAGCUAUACAAGCACCGGUCCGUCCCUCUGCACCAUAUGACCGGCUGGCUCAGUGGAACGGGCCUCUUUUCCGCGAUCGCAGCCUUUCGUGCCACGCCUGUGGGCUGGCUGGGCAUGCUAAUGUUACUGGCAUCUGCGCUCAGCCUUGUUUGCGACUUGGCCGUGAGUGCCCUCGUGGUAACAACCGACGUGGUCAGUCGUUGCCAUUUCAACACCACGGGCGGAUACUCGGCCUUGUCGGACGUGGUCUUUGACCUGUAUAUCAACGCGAGCCCUACGGGUCCCCUCUACGACAUGGUGAUGGCCGCCCAGGCGGCAAGCCUCAGCAACGGGGGCAUCAAUGGCAUCUACGUCAAAGUCAACAACGACCCCAAAUUCCGCCCGGAUGAGAACGAUGUCGUCGGGACGUGGGUCUGUAACGCCACGGGCGCCCAGAGAACGUUCCCGGCAAAUGCGUCGACUGAUUCUGUUUUCGAGGGCCUCCUACAAGACGGCCUCCUCUUCAAUACCACCAUGUACCAAACGUGGGAUGACAGCGGCAGUGGCCCGCGCGGACUAUUCGUCUGGUCUGCCUCUGAGAAGAACUACCCCACAGGGCCUUGGUCGAUUCUCGCCGGGGUUCAAACAAGCCUCAACACCACCUCGCCCAAACGCAUGGAGACAUACAUGUGCUCCAUGUCCGCACCCAAGGUAUCCUGGCUCUUGGAGCGGAUGCAGGUCUCGAACAACCUAGAAAUGUGGGCGGCCACCGUGCAGUCAAACAUCUUUCCGGGCUUUGCCGCGCCGAUGGGCAACGUGCCCGCAUUCCCCAAGGAUCCCGGUCUGGUGAUCGCCACCAAACUGAACGCCAUGACCAUGAUGGCCGGCGCUGCCUGGGGGAUCGAGGACUACCCGCGCAGGAUCGACGACCCUACCGUCGGGUGCAUCGCGGCCCGGACCCUGGUGCCUUGGUCCGUCACGGCGCUGUUCGUCCUCGCGGCACUCCUCGCGGUCGGCAUGGCGCUGUGUCUCCUCGGAUUGACUUGGUCGCGUCGCGUGGACCAGAAGAGGCUGCCGAACGUGCCGGCCUACAUCAAGGCAGUCGACCAGGGCACACCCAACGAUCUCAUCGGCUGGAUGAAGCGGGCCACCGAAGAGACCGGCGUCUCAGUAGUAGCAGCGGCGCCGACACCCUCGAAGACGCCGCGGAUCGAACGCUGCAUCGAGGCGUGUCUUCUCUGGCUCCAUCUCCCUCUGCCCGAUGGCCGGUGGGCGGAAAUUUGGCGUUUCGGGCCCUCCACAAGUACCUUCGAUGCCGCUUCUUACGUAGGCGGGCUCGGGAAAGUAACAGCCCUGGGACUUUUCUGCCUCACGCAGCCGCCGACGAUGCCUGUACCCAGUGGUGGCGGCGGCCGCGGAGGAGAAUCGCAGGAACUAUUGAAUGUCCCGCUACCAUUUCCGUCACCUUCGCCCUCCUUUUGGACGCAGAAAACCGUGUCCGUCCACGAGGCCGAGCUGUAA